GUUGUUCUGACUUGGUUUUACUUUAAUUUCAGGCAAGAGGAAACACGCAGUUUCCGGGGUCUCACCCAGUUUCUCUUAACAGGGACAAUUUGCAACUGUUAAGGCAGCGUUAUUAUUAUGCCACAUGGAAAGCCGAUGGAACACGAUAUAUGAUGCUAAUAACAAUAGAUGGAUGUUACUUGGUUGAUAGGAGUUUUAAUUUUCGGCGGGUCCAGAUGAGGUUUCCUUGCAGAAACACAAAUGAGGCUUUAGCUGAUAAGACUCAUCACUUUACAUUACUUGAUGGGGAGAUGAUAAUUGAUACUUUGCCGGACUCACAGAAGCAAGAGAGAAGAUACCUAAUCUAUGAUAUGAUGGCAAUUAAUUCCGUGUCUAUCAUAGAGCGGCCUUUCUAUGAACGUUGGAAGAUGCUUGAGAAGGAAGUGAUUGAACCCCGGAAUUAUGAGCGCCACAAUAUUUACCAAUGUAGGAUUCCUUAUUAUAGAUACGACCUUGAACCAUUCAGGGUGAGGAGGAAAGACUUUUGGUUACUCUCUACUGUUACCAAGCUUUUAAAGGAAUUCAUUCCAAGGCUUUCACAUGAUGCAGAUGGUCUUAUUUUUCAGGGUUGGGAUGAUCCUUAUACUCCUCGCACACAUGAAGGCCUCUUGAAAUGGAAAUAUCCUGAGAUGAAUUCAGUGGACUUUCUAUUUGAGAUAGAUGACGAUGAUCGUCAGCAACUUAUUCUGUUUGAACGGGGGAAGAGGAAACUGAUGGAAGGGAAUAAUAGGGUUGUAUUCAGAGAUGGUCCAGACCCCGCUUCAUAUUCCGGAAAAAUUAUUGAGUGUUCGUGGGAUUCCGAAGAAGAGGUAUGGGCCUGCAUGCGGAUCAGAACAGAUAAAUCAACUCCGAAUGAUUGGAAUACUUACAGAAAGGUGAUGCGGAGCAUAAAAGACAAUAUCACAGAGGACGUAUUGUUGAAUGAGAUUUAUGAGAUCAUACGCCUGCCCAUGUAUGCUGAUAGGAUACGGAACGAUAGCAAAGCCCAUCAGCAUUCAAAUACAGCGCGACGUAGGUGAUGAUUGGAGGGAUGAGCGAAUUGAUGUCCUUAAUACCUUCGAGGUCUUCUAGUAAUAGGAGAAACAGAUACUGAAGUCUCUCUUUGACGCUUGCCUGCACGAGUCAUUGCAAGUUCAAUUUACUGGAGUUUGGCUAUGUAUUCAGCAUCGUCAGAUAUUGUGUAAUUAGCUACCCUCCACUAUAAUCUUGUAACCUGUGCUGUGCCGGUGAGUUGUAUGAUCCAGGCUGAAUGAUUUCUCUCAGUUAGUUGUCCAGAUCAAGAGAGUUAGUUAGGAUUAGGGUCGCCAUGUAUAUUAAUUCUUUUCUUUGUCCUGUUAUAUGUAGUGAUUGCCAAGUUUUCUACAAGGUAGCAAUUUUUCAGAACCAAGGGUCUUUUAUUUUUGUGGAGAAAAAGGAAGAAAUCGAUAUUUGUGAAUAUCACUUUGGGGCACCUGUACUGUAAUGAAUGCCCCUUUCUCCUCACUGAUGUCAUUUUUUAAGCUGACUUAUCAUUUAGCACCAUUUUCUCAUA